GUGCGACCGCAUUUGGCGGGUUAACAACAGACCGAGCACUAAACCCACAGAAUCCGUUGUAUACUAACUAGACCAGCCUUUGCCAGCGUAGCUUACUGUGCUUGUUGUGGCUAACGGGGUUUGAAAAAAGCGUUGACAUUUUGCAGUUUACGCUCAUUUCGUGUUAGCACCAUGUGGCAGCUACGUGUAGCAGCAAGCGCUGCCUUGAUUUGCUUACUAACGUGCGUGGUAACUGCACAAGACUUUGGCUAUGGCGGCCGGCAUGGACCUGAGCAUUGGGGUGAGGAAUACAAGCGUUGUAGCGGAAAAUACCAAAGCCCUAUUAACAUUGAUGAAAUGAGUGUGGUAAAGAAAAGGUUUCCUGAGUUUAACUAUUACAACUGGAACCGGACACCCAAAAGUGUUAGGUUAACCAACAAUGGUCACACUGUCCUGGUCACCAUGACCUACCACCAAAACAAAGAGCCUCAAGUACUACACGGACCACUGCAAACGGAGUCGCCCUAUCAAUUCGAGCAGUUUCAUUUUCAUUGGGGCGAAAACGAUACCAUUGGGAGUGAGGAUACCAUCAACAAUCGUGCCUAUCCAGCGGAGUUACAUGUGGUUAUGCGCAGCUUGGCAUAUACAAACUUUUCAGAGGCUUUGGGCAAGGAUCAUGGCAUUGCAGUGUUGGCAUUUUUCUUUAAGGUCACUCAGGCAGACAAUCCAAAUUAUAGCGACUUUACGGAGCUGCUAACAUCCAUUAAGAAUAAAGAUCAAUCUGUAGACAUGGAUAUAGCCAAGCCCUUGUCAAACUUUGUUUCCAAGAAUUUGGAGAAUUAUUAUACAUAUGUGGGCUCUUUAACUACACCACCCUGUGCUGAGGAAGUAGUGUGGGUGGACUAUGAGAUACCCAUUGAAAUUUCCGAGAACCAGUUGGAAUACUUUCGUCUGCUAACCGCGAGCGAUGAUCAUCUAAAGAACAAUUUUCGUCCUACGCAACCCUUAAACAACCGUACUGUCUACAAACAUGAUCCUUUUUCACUGGAAAAGUCAGAUAUGGGCGCUGUCCCCUUUGUGAAUGCCGACAAUGCAGCAAAAAAUGUAGUUGGGCUAAGCCUGUUUACACUGCUGUUGCUUAAAGGCGGCUUAGCUUUAGUUGUUAACUUGUUUUAGCAUAAAUGCUAACACUUGUUAUUUUUUUAAGAAUCAUUUAGGCAACUUAGCAGUAGGCUUAACUAGUUGCAUUUUUAUUUAUAAUAUAACUUAAGCGUGCUUGUGAUUUUUGAGCUUAGUAUCUUGAUUAGCAAUAAGCUAACUGAACUGUAUACGAAAUGAUUUAAUAAACUGGCAAAAUAAAGAUAUUAAACAAAACUA